CCCACACUCUUUCUCUCCAUGAUCUACAGAGAGACUCCACAAAGAAACGCAAGUAACAAAAGUCGCUUUCGACCCACGUGAUCCUUCGUCGACUUUUCUUCUUCUUCUUCUCUCUUUCAUCUUCAUCUUUCUCGUCUCUAACUUUUUUAGGCGAUGAAUUAGGGUUUAAUUAUUUCCUCUCAUUUUCCGCAAAACCAAGAGAAGAGAAAGGCAGAGAUUCCUUUUUAAUCAAAUUCUAUUCAUCUGCUUUGUUAAUCUCCAGGUUUAAUCGCCUCUGAAGAGAGACACGAUGAUGUUUAACGAGAUGGGAAUGUGCGGGAACAUGGACUUCUUCUCCCCCGCAUCUCUCGGAGAAGUUGACUUCUGUCCCGCGCCCGCACACCCCGAACCCGACUCAGUCGUUGAAGACGACUACACCGACGACGAGAUCGACGUCGACGAGCUCGAGAGGAGGAUGUGGAGGGACAAGAUGCGGCUCAAGCGUCUCAAGGAGCAGGACAAGAGCGGCAGCAAAGAAGGAGUCGACGCAGCCAAGCAGAGGCAGUCUCAGGAGCAAGCCAGGAGGAAGAAGAUGUCCAGAGCUCAAGACGGGAUCUUGAAGUACAUGCUGAAGAUGAUGGAGGUCUGCAAAGCUCAGGGCUUUGUGUAUGGGAUCAUCCCUGAGAACGGGAAGCCUGUGACUGGGGCCUCUGAUAAUCUCAGGGAGUGGUGGAAAGAUAAGGUGAGGUUUGAUCGGAACGGUCCCGCUGCUAUAAGUAAGUACCAAGCGGAGAACAACAUCCCUGGGGUUCGUGAAGGUAGCAACCCCAUUGGACCUACUCCGCAUACGUUGCAGGAGCUUCAGGACACGACUCUGGGGUCGCUUUUGUCGGCGUUGAUGCAGCACUGUGAUCCUCCUCAGAGAAGGUUUCCUUUGGAGAAAGGCGUGCCUCCUCCGUGGUGGCCUAAUGGGAAAGAGGACUGGUGGCCGCAGCUUGGUUUGCCUAAGGACCAAGGUCCUGCUCCUUACAAGAAGCCUCAUGAUCUCAAGAAGGCGUGGAAGGUUGGAGUGUUGACUGCGGUUAUCAAGCAUAUGUUUCCUGAUAUUGCGAAGAUCAGGAAGCUCGUGAGGCAGUCCAAGUGCUUGCAGGAUAAGAUGACUGCUAAGGAGAGUGCUACUUGGCUUGCUAUUAUUAACCAGGAAGAGUCCUUGGCUAGGGAGCUUUACCCUGAGUCCUGUCCUCCUGUUUCUUUGUCCGGUGGUGGUAGCUGCUCGCUUCUGAUGAAUGAUUGUAGUCAGUACGACGUUGAUGGUUUGGAGAAGGAGACUCACUAUGAAGUGGAGGAGCUCAAGCCGGAGAAAGUUAACUUUGGGAUGGCUGCUAACUUCCCUGUGAAGGAAGAAGUUCCAUCGGAGUUCAUGAGGAAGAGGAAGCCAAGCAGAGAGCUGAACACUAUGAUGGACAGAACCAUCUUCACCUGCGAGAACACUGGGUGCGCGCAUGGCGAUGUCAGCCGUGGUUUUCUUGAUAGGAACUCAAGAGACAACCAUCAGUUUGUUUGUCCACAUCGAGACAGCGGCUUACCCUAUGGAGCACCGUCCAGGUUCCAUGUCAGUGAAGUUAAGCCGGUGGUUGGAUUCUCUCAGCCAAGGCCAGUGAACUCGGUUUCUCAGCCAAUUGACUUAACCGGUAUUGGAGUUCCUGAAGAUGGACAGAAGAUGAUCUCCGAGCUCAUGUCCAUGUACGACAGAAACGUCCAGAGCAACCAAAACCAAACUUCUAUGGUCAUGGAGACUCAACUGCUUCAACCAACGGUCCAGAAUCAUCAAGAACAUCUCCAGUUUCAAGGAAACAUGGUGGAAGGAAGUUUCUUUGAAGACUUGAACAUUCCAAACAGAGUGAACAACCAAGUGUUCUUCCAAGGGAACAACAACAACAGUGGGUUCAAGUACGAUACGGCGCACACCAACAACAACAACAACUUUGAAGCUGCGCAUAACAACGGUAGCAGCAACAGGUUUCAGCUUGUGUUUGAUUCUCCACCGUUUGAUAUGGCCUCAUUCGAUUACAGAGAUGAUAUGUCAAUGCCGGGAGUAGUAGGAACGAUGGAUGGUAUGCAGCAGAAGCAGCAAGAUGUAUCCAUAUGGUUCUAAGUCCUUGGGGAAUAGAUUUCAUCUUCUGGUUUAUUUUUUAUCUUUGGUGUUCUUACAUUCUCUCUACAAUGUAAUAUUUUUCUGGGUCUGUCUGUCUGUCUCUGUCUCCUCGCUUGUAAGGGAGUCUCUGAAACUCUCUGUUACUGUGUGUGUCUUGGUCUCGGCUGGUGAAGCUCUCUCAUCAUCAGCUGUUUUUAGUUUUAUACACCCCAUAUGCUUUGGGGACGAACAUAAUGUAAGUUUUUAUAUUAUAUUAUAUAAUUUGGAGUCUCUUAA